GCUCUGACUGAGCUGUCUGAAGUUGAAAACACUGUCCAUGUUAUUGCUUCCUCUCUGCAACGUGCGUGCUGCACUUCUAAUGCAAAUUUUAUUUGUUGACAUUUUGACUGGAAUUAUUAAACAAUAUAUUUGAACCCGAAUCUUCUCAUUUCCCUCAAGGAUUGUGUACUCUACUACCAGCUACAUUACUGCUAGAUUUUAAGUGAGAAGCGAGCCUUCAGUUUAAGGCUUAGGAGGACGGUAAACAAGCGUAAUGGCGACUGAGAUUGAAGCCUGGACCACUGCCACCCAAAACGAUGGUGUGUUCUCACUUGAGAAAGAGCAGGAUGGGGUGGAUGGGACUUAUGGCAGUGAGGAUCUGAAUGAGUUGGAGGUAAAUGGGAACUGGACCCCUCAGGAAAAGGCCCUGCAUGAGGCCAGACUGAAAGCUAAGGCUAAACGGCGCCUGCGCAAAUCAUCCUCCCGGGAUUCCACUCGGGAAUCACUUUCUGAAUCGGUUUCUGGAGAGCUUUCUACCGAUCCACACAGCCCCAAGGGUAAAAACGCUGUAAAUGAUCGAAAGUCACGGACUGGAAAAGGUCGCGGACUGCCCAAAAAAGGUGGAGCAGGUGGUAAAGGUGUGUGGGGAGCAGCGGGUAUGGUAUAUGAGGUGGAGGAACCUGACGCAAAAGACCCCAACUAUGAUGAAUCUGCACAGGGAGACACAGUAUAUGCUACAGUAGUACCGGAGCUGGACGAGAGAGAACUCGAGAAGACCAUCAACCCCAUUGUGCAGGAGUACUUUGAGCAUGGAGACACCAAAGAGGUGGAGAUGCUUCUCAAAGAGCUGAACUUGGGCCAUCACAGAUAUGAGUUCUCUUCUCUGGCUGUUUCUCUGUCUCUGGAAGGCAAGGCCAGCCAAAGAGAGCUCACAUCACGUCUUCUCUCAGACUUAUCUGGAAAGGUGCUCUCUGAAAGGGACAUGUCACGUGCGUUUGACAAAAUACUUAAAGAACUGCCAGACCUCAUCCUGGAUACACCGGAGGCCCCACAGAUGCUAGGUCAAUUUAUUGCACGGGCCAUUGCUGACCACGCUUUACCCAUGAGUUUCCUUGACUGUUACAAAGGCAAGGUGGAUUGUGACCAUGCCAGAGCUGCACUGGACAGAGCAUCAGUUCUGCUCUCCAUGAAGAGGGAAAUCAUGCGGCUUGAUAAUGUGUGGGGAGUUGGUGGCGGCCAGAGGCCUGUCAAACAUCUCAUCAAAGAGAUGAACCUGCUGCUAAAGGAGUACCUGGUGUCAGGUGUGCUCUCUGAGGCUGAGCACUGUCUGCGAGAUCUAGAAGUGCCACACUUUCAUCAUGAACUGGUCUAUGAGGCUGUGAUUAUGGUACUAGAGUCUACAGGUGACACAGCCAUACAGAUGAUGGUCAAACUCCUCAAGGUGUUGUGGCAAACUGGCCUAAUCACUCUGGACCAGAUGAACAGGGGCUUCCAGCGUGUUUACGAUGAGCUGCCAGAGAUUAACCUGGAUGUGCCUCAUGCACACUCCAUUAUGGAAACCUUUGUGGACCUUUGUUACCAGGAGUCAGUCAUCACUAAGCAGCUAAGGGAUUUCUGUCCAACCAGGGGGCGUAAGCGCUUUGUGAGUGAGGGCGACGGAGGGAUCGUGAAAAGCUAGAAUAAUCAGGAGAGCUCCGCAGGACCCUGAUGCUGAGCAGGCUGGGAUCUCCUGCACUUCCCUGGGAGUCUGUCCUCACUGUCUUCAUUGCUCAUCUUCCGAGUAGACAGAAAUAUUCAGCCUCAGAAAUGAUAUCAUGUCGAAGAGUGACAACUGAGAAAUGCUGUUCUCUCCUCUAUUACAGGCUUUGUUUCAUUUGUUUGUGAAUUUAUGUGUGUUUGUAUGCAGCUUAAAUGCUGCAGGGAAAAAACGAAGUGAGGGGAAAUCAGCCACUUCAGAUGGCCAUGAAAUACAGUUUGGGUUGAGGGAUUAAUUUUGCUUUAUCUUUUUUAGCUUAAGUUGUUUUUCUGUUUUUGUUCACAAGUGUUCACUUGUUAGUGUUCACAGUGUUCUCCCAAUUAUUGCAAUUUAAUGCAUAAAAUAUGAAGUACUUAGAAUAAGGUAUUAAAAGAAUGUGCUAUUCAACAGAAGUGCUUAAUCUAACUGUUGGGCCAAAAUACAACAUUUUCUGAAGUGAUCGGGGUCACUUCUAAUUGUUUUCAUUUGAUUGCAUGUUUAUAUUCAAAUUUGUCUUAGUGCAUAAAGAAAUCAUACGUUUACAGAUUCACAAGGAUCUGGGAAAUUUUUGGUUAGCUGCAUACAGACUUUUUUUUGUUUCUAUUUUUUUUCUCAAUGCUUAUUCAUGGUUUAUGUCAAAUGCAUGUCAAGAAAUCCUAACUUUAAUGUUUCUGGCUAGUGUUGACAUCUUUGUAUGUUUUAGCUGCCAGGAAAUGGAGGAGAGAGAGACCAUCAUCACCUCUCAGUCAGGCUGAUGCCUGUGAGAUUUUUGUCUCCCAUCUUUAUAGCAUCCUAAAGUUUUGUACCCCUGUUUGAUGAAGUUCAGAACAUCCAUUUUCAUUUUUAGUCCUUGUAUUUAUUUGGACAAAGAGAAGCCAGCUGAGACAACUAAUGGUAAUAUCUAUCAUUUUUGAAGUGGUAAACUUUCCAGCAAUGAAUACUUAGCGUCAGCUAUAAUGGGUGAACUAUGAUGGGAGGACUUUUUAUUUCUUUGUUAUGCGAUCAGUCUUUGUGUCUGCUUGUUCAUGGGACACUUUUUCCAAAGCAAAAACAUUAUUUUUGUCAACCAGCAGUUCCAGAGUUCCAGCAUUGAAGACACUAAUUAUUUCAAUAAAAAUUCAUAAUGCUCACA